GGCUUCCCUGCCUCCCCUCGGCCGCCUUUCCGCCUCGCCUUUCGAGCGAGUGCGUCUCUCUCUCCGGGCGGCGCACUCUGACGCGCGGAGGCGCUGCUGCCGGCGAGAUGGCGCUGAGCUCGGCCUGGAAGCAGAUGUCGUGGCUCUAUUACCAGUACCUGCUGGUCACCGCGCUCUACAUGCUGGAGCCUUGGGAACGGACGGUGUUCAGUAUCCUUUCUGGUGCGGUUGAAGGGGGAGCCGUGAGGGGGAAAGGGCGCCGCCGCCGCCGCCGGGAAAGUUCGCGGUGAACUGGGCGCGGCGCGCGCGGGCUGGGCAGGGCGCCGGCGGGAGGGGAAGGUAAAGGACGGCCCGGGGGAGGGAACGGCUUCCUGGCUUCGGCCGAGAGGGAAGGCCGCUGGGCUCCCGAGGGCGGCGGAGGUGCGCAGUUAGCCGGGAGGCACUUGGGCCUGAGGGUAUAGUGGUCGGAGCCGUCCUGCACAGUUCAGCUUGGCGGGAAUAAACGUGUGUCUAUUUAUGGGAAUGUCGGCCAGGCCUGUUCCUUCCUGGGUGGAAGGUCGUGGCAAAACUGAAGGCGCGUGUAUCACUCAUUCCACCUCCCUCUCUCGUUCCUCUUUCUCUCCGCCCUACCCUCGCAGCUCCCCCUUUGCUCCCUUUCGGUGCACUUUUUACUUCGCCGUUGCUCUGGGGUGUUUUUUUUUUUGUGUUUUUUUGCAGGCGCUGCUGCUGCUGCUGCUGCAGCCAACAAGUGACUGCUGACGUCUUUUUCUCCAAGCUCUACUUAGGAUGGAUUCAGCUAAGGCUCGGCGUUUUGCAUUGUGUACUUGCGGUUUUGCGGCUGUUUUAAAGGAGUUGUGCGAGUUUCACCUAGAGCUCCCUGCGAAUGAUGGAGAAAAGGCAGUUCUGGUCAACGGAUCCUUGGGAUCCGCCUUAGCCAGGUGUGCUCUGGAGAAAUGAGGACUUAAGUAAUUGAAGUGGUUCUGCACGACCCCUUAAAUUUGUCAGUGACUUGAGAGAAGGGAUUUAAACAGAGAGGGGUGGGGUUUUGUUUGUUUGUUUGUUUGUUUGUUUUUGAAGGUAAGAGGCUUCAUGUAGCUUGGGAUGCUGUGUUAAACCUCUUUGGGGAGCUGUUAGAAGGUGGUGUUAGGUCACUGGGUGGAUGGCUGUGCAGCUGAGCAUUUAUGUAGCUGUGGCCUGGGACUAUAAAGCAUUUGGGUCUGGGCAAUUGUGUUUCAGAGCUAGGGAAAAAUGAAAAACAAGAUACACUCUUGUUGUAGCUGCUUGUGAAUAGAUUUGAGGGUGGUUUAUCACAUAAGUGUGGUGGGCAAUUGGGGCUGUAGGAUCAUGGUUUCCUGUAGGGAUUUCAUUUCAAAGUGAGGUUGAGAAUUUGUUGUGAAGAAAAGCUGUUAUCUUUCAUGAUAACUUUUGUGUGAUUCAUGAGAGAUCAAGGCAAACAGAUGAAGGGUAUAUAUUUCUUAUAUGUUACUGUUUAUAUGCCAGAAACAAGGUCAAGAGUCCUUCCUUGCUCGCUAUGUGCUAUGAUUGUGAAUAAUAAGGACACACUAAGCUAUGUUGCCAGUCAGAGUAACAAUACAGUGGGACCUUGUUUCUCAAACUUAAUCUGUUCUGGAAGCCUGUUCCAAACCCAAAACCAAGAUGUGCUUUCCCAUAGAAAGUAAUGCAAAAUGGAUUAAUCUGUUCCAGACUUUUUAAAACAACCCCUAAAACAGCAAUUUAACAUGAAUUUUACUAUCUUACGAGACCAUAGAUCCAUAAAAUUAAAGUAAUAAACAAUGUACUGCAGUCACAAUCAAUCAGUAGCUGAACUGGGUUCUACACAGUCUCAAAAACAAAAAGAACCGCAAAAACGCAAAAUAAAUAGCAAAAACAGACAGACCUCAGACACUCAAAACAGAAGUGUGGCAUUCAAAAUGGAAGUGUGGCACUCAAAUUGGAAGCGUAACACUCAAAAUGGAGCAUGUUCGGCUUCUGAAUAAAGUUCGCAAACUGGAACACUUCUGGGUUUGUAGUGUUUGGAUUCCAAGUUGCUUGAGAACCAAGGUACUACUGUAUUGUGCAAGCACAUUUGCAAAGCUAAGCAGGGUCUGGUAUAGUUUCAAAUUGGAUGGGGAACUGCCUGAUGAGAUUCUUGUAUUGCAGGGGUUGGACUAGAUGACCCUCAGGCUCCCUUCCAACUCCACAAUGUUAUGAUUCUAAGAUGUGAAGUAGUAUCUAUUUCACAGGACUACUAGAGUCUUUAUACAUUCUAUCCAUUUGCCACUAAUGAAGUAAAGUGGGAGGAGCAGAUUCUCCUAUGAACAAGUGUUUCCUAAUUUCCCUCUGAUUAACUCUAGUGGGAGGGAAAAUAAUGUUCUAGUUGUUCUGGGGUGUGUUGAGGGUGAAGGUGAAGGAGUGAUGGAGCUUUCCAACAUCACACCAUUCCAGCUACGUAUUUGUGCUUAUCGUUUGUUGCUUUCCUUUUUUUACUAACAAAUUUUCAAAUGGUCCAUUAGUUCAAAUAAGAGAUGAUCGUUUACCACUAAUUUCAGUUAUGAAAGUAUACAGUAUUUUGUAUAAAAUGUUAGAUAUACAGUCUAGGCUCACUAGCCAAUUUCCUAUGUGAAAUAUCUCCACUAGUUUUGGCCUACAGACUGCUUUGCCAUUGGCAUUAACACAGCAUAGUCUUCAUUUUUAAAAGACUUGUGCUUUCAUCAGCUGGCUUUGCUGGAAGGUGAAUACCACAUGAUUUUGGCUCUUUAACCUCAGAGUUCCCUCAAACCUGUUGACCCUUACAGUCAUUAUUUUGCUAAUGGUGAUACUCUUCUGUUAUAUUACUGGCUUACUUUGUCAUACUGAUUGAUAAUAUAUCUGCAAAAAUAAUCAUGAUAUGAUAUAUACAUACUAUUCUGCUGUUGGUUCAUAAGUUACCCGGACAAAAGUGAAAUGGUUGUGUCCAACUCAUAUGUCCACGUGGUGCAUUGCUGGACUAGCCAUUUUUGGUCACAAAGAAAAGUUACAGCUUGCUUCUGGUAAUUGGCAAAUGAGGAGACUCACUAUAUUGUCAAUGUUUACUCUUUGGAAUUAGUGUAUUGAUCAGCAACUGGUGGUUGUCCCAGAUCAAAUUUGGUGUCUUGAUAAGUGACACCUGCUCCCCAUUCCAGAUGCUAAAUCUCCUCCUUUUCUUUCCCAAGUGGCUUGGAGGGCCCUGUAGUGAAGAGCUGUCCUGCUUGUUCAUAUUUCCCCCUCUUUCCUGAAGUCAGCAUGGGUGGGAAUAGGAAAAGCAGCUCCUUCCAUUGUGUUUGUGUGCACACCUUGAUCAUCUUCUGUACUUUGUGAAAUACGUUUUAACUACCAAUGUGACAUACCGGUAACUCCUAUCUACUUGCAGAACUCACCCAUGCGUUAUGUUAUGUUUCAUUCAGUUCCUUUCAUGAAGGAACUUGCAUACUGACUAAGCUAUUAUGUACUGGAUUCCAAACUCUCCGCACUAUUAAUAUUAUUAUUUUCAGGCAUCCCCCCUAUUUACAUGGGUUACGUUCUGGGCCCUCGCAUGCGUAAGUGAAAUUGCGUAAAGUGGGGAACACCCUCUAAAGACCCUUUGAACUCCCUCUCUGCCACUCUCUCUUCAAUCAAUACCAAAAAUACUGUAUCCAAAAAUAUCCACAACUAGAACUGAAGCUCUGGGGCCAGCAGGAGGCUGGAGGACACAUGGGAAAGCAGCUUCUGCUGUGGCACUAGGCCCCACACCAGCUGUUAGGUGGUCUCUUUGGGGCUUCCUCUGCUCUCACUGAUGUCCUCUUUGGGCUCCGGAGAGCAUCUCUUCGCGAGCCACGAGGACUCUCCACCUAUCUCUCACUGUUUCUGGGUUUGAAUUGAAUUAUUUAUUUAUUUACUUCCCACACCACACAUAUAUGCAGUUGCGUUUGAGUCACUUGUGGCGGGGGUGGGAGGCUGUAUUAAAUUUGUAUACUGCCCUUAAGCUCCUAGGACAGUUCACAAGAUAAAUGUAACUUUUGUUACAUUGGCCCCUGGGGAUUUUGAACUUAGGCCUUGUACCAACUUGAGUUCUCCCUGAGAGUGGGUUUGUUCAGCCUCUUCAGUGGUGCAAAAGGAAAAGCAACUGAUGAGAAAUAGAAAUAUAUAUUGUGUAAUUUCCUCUAUUGCUAGUAGUAAGCAAAUCAGGUUUUGUAUAUUUUUGGCCUAACUAAAAAGCUAGAUUUGUUAGUGAGGCAUAAUUAAGUCUAAAUACUUCAACUUAACGGGUUCAGUGCUUAGGUUGAGUUUCCAAAGGUAGUUAUUACUGUUUAUUCAACUUUCAGUGUGACCUUCUGAAGAAGUCCAGAGCAGCACUCUUAAUUAGUAUAGUCUUCGUUACUACGCUGUUGUGCUGAGUUGCUGCCAGUUAAUAUUCUGCAUUAGUUCAGUUGUCUAUGUACAAGACUUAAAUGUUCGUAUGUCUUGAGACCUGGCUUUAUAGCAUUCUUGCAGUGUGGUUUUAAUACAUUGUCAAUAUGUGGUUUUCCUUUACUGCCAUUCAGAUUCCAUGUUAGUAUCAAUCCUUGGAAUGGCACUUUACACUGGCUAUGUUUUCAUGCCUCAGCAUAUUAUGGCAAUAUUGCACUAUUUUGAAAUUGUGCAAUGAUGAAGAAUGUAUCAAGCAGUGACCAGUCAGAAGCUGAAGAACUGACCAUCUACAAUUAAGGAGUUCUACAGAUGACGAGACAAGCAAGACAUGAUUGUGUACACAGCUGAUAGUCACCACCAAGGGAUGCAGUAUGCCCUAAGUUUUGGUGGCGUUUUCUUUCGUAACAAAAAAUUCCUUGUAUAGCAAUUUGUCUAUUAACAUUGUGAUUGUUUGUACCUUUGAUAUCAGUAUUUUCUUAACUUUGUGACAGUCUCAGUAUUACACUGUGAAAGCUUUUCUUACUGUAACUUUGAGUGCAUUUUGCCUUCUAUUUUUAAUCAAAAAUCAUCUUAUUAAAUGGGGCUUAGAGCUUUUGCUAUUGUAUGGGUUAUAUGUGCAACUGGGUAUAUUUCUAGCUAACAUUUUGUAAGAAAAAAAUGUUUAGAUUGAUAUGGAGAUGUGGAUAUAUUCAUGGAAUCCUACAAAACCUUGUUUGUAAGACCUAACUCAGGUGCUUUAACUGCUAUCUGGACUGUUCAACAGAAUACUUAGGUAUCAUUCUAUUUUGCUUUAGGAAUAAAUGGAAAUGUUUUGUUCCAUUUGGAGAAGAAUAAGACCACUUGGCACUGCAUGUAUGGAACACUACUUUGUAAGGGGAAAGUGUGGGACCCAACUCCUGUCUGAACAUAAAACCUUAAUUUUAUUUUAUGCAUGUCAUCUGGAGUUUUGUGAUAACAUCUUAAAGCUGCUAUUAUAGCUUCUAACUGUACUAUACUUUUGUUUGUUUAUUUCCCAAGGAGCAUAUUUUAAUGUAGACUGAGUUCAAAGACCAUGUCUAUGGCAGUUGGCUAUAAUAUAAUCAUGUCUGUAUUGUGAACCCUUUAUUGUAACUGUUGUUCAAACACCCUUGAAUACUUAGACCAAAUGACCAAAAUAUAAUGUUUGAUGUAGACUUGAGUUAAAAACCACAGCAAUAAGGAGCUGUCUACUAGGCUGAAGUCUUGUCUUAGUUUUUAUAGCUUUUUUUCAGAUUUCUAUUCUGAAAUGUAAGAUGGCAGUUUUUAAGGUGUGGGUUCCCCCCCCCCCCAAAAUAAAAGCUGAAAGCAGAGUUGAUGCCUAA